AAUCCGCCGCUGGUGACCAAUCCUCCACCUCGGUAGUGUCUCUGGACAUUACUUGACUUCACCUCCGACCGUGUCAUCUACUGCGUCUACCCACAAAAAGCGAGCCGUUUCUUCGAAGCAGGUUGUAAAUACUUAUUGUGAGAGACACAUUUAACGGAAACGACUUAAGUCAUCCUCUUAGGAGAAUGUCAGACUUCGACAGCAACCCGUUCGCGGACCCGGAGCUCAACCACCCGUUUCAGGAUCCAUCAGUGACACAAGUAAGAACGGCGGCUACUCCGGGGUUAGAGGAGUACAAUCCCUUCACAGAUGCCAAACCAACACAUGCAGGUAUGGCGCCCAAGACUACGGCCCCCACCAUCAACACACAACCCGCCAUCAUGAAACCCACAGAGGAGCCUCCAGCCUACUCGCAGUCUCAGGCACAGGAGCAGACGCGAGGAGCUGCUGAGCUGCUGAGGAGGCAGGAGGAGCUGGAAAGAAAGGCUGCAGAGCUGGACCGCCGGGAGAGAGAAAUGCAGUCACUCAGUGCUUCAGGAGGCAGGAAAAACAACUGGCCUCCACUCCCAGAGAAGCUCCCUGUGGGCCCCUGUUUCUACCAUGACAUUACAGUGGACAUCCCUGUAGAGUUUCAGAAGACCGUCAAGAUCAUGUAUUACCUCUGGAUGUUUCACACUGGGACGCUGCUUGCGAACAUGGUGGGCUGCCUGGCCUGGUUCUGUGUGGACACAUUACGUGGGGUGGACUUUGGCUUGUCCAUUCUCUGGUUCAUGCUCUUCACGCCGUGUUCUUUCGUCUGCUGGUACAGACCACUUUACGGAGCAUUCAGGAGUGACAGCUCAUUCAGGUUCUUUGUUUUCUUCUUCGUGUACAUCUGUCAGUUUGGUGUCUACGUUAUGCAGUGUAUUGGCAUUAGUGGUUGGGGCGCCAGCGGGUGGAUCUCAGCUUUGAUUGGCCUGAAUAAGAGCAUCCCAGUGGGCAUUAUAAUGAUCCUCAUCGCUGCUCUCUUUACCUCUCUGGCUGUCAUGUCCCUCAUCAUGUUCAAAAAGGUCCAUGCGAUGUACCGUACCACCGGUGCCAGCUUUGAGAGGGCCCAGCAGGAGUUUGCCACAGGCGUCAUGUCCAACAAGACGGUCCAGACAGCUGCUGCUACUGCCGCCUCCAGGGCUGCACAGGAAACCUUCAAGGAGCAGAUCUGAUUGGCCUAGAUAGCUCGCUCAUCUCUCCGUCCAACCCUUACACCCCAAGCCCCCUCCUCUCCUAACAAGUGCAACACCCAGUUUCCAUUUGAGCCAAACGCCCUGUUUGACCCCACGAAGAGUCACCGAAGUGGGUUACGUGAAGGUGCUAUGCAGAAAUCUCUGUCCAAGUGAGAAAACAACCACUGGGAACAUUCAGACAGGAUUCAAACAGGGCCACGGCUCGCUUCUGUCCUACUCAACCUGCCCCGGCAACAUUGUGCACUCAUCACAGACUCUGACACCCCUCGCCUACGCUGCACUCCUACCACUCAACCAGCAUGUUCAACUUUCGUGUGUGUGUGUGUGUGUUUGUGUGGACAACUAAAUGAAUGUCUGUGUGCCUCAUUAAAUGGCCUGUCUGUCCUCUGUAGACAGAUUCUAAUGUAGCUGAACCAAGUCCCGACGUCCUAAAGUUACCAGUGCAUUUCCCACCAUCAGGCAUCAUUGGCUUCGUGUGCUACUGGGCCUAUCUUUGAUUAAUAAACCAAAAUCACUACUUCCUUGUUUUUAAAUUAAUUCAUUAAUGGACAAAUGGAAGACAUCUAGUACACUCUGGUUGUUAAUGCACAUGCAGCUGCCUUCUGUGAUGUGUUUUGCUGUUUACCAUGAGUAGAUAACUUAAAACUGCUGCCCCCCCCCCGGUGGAGUGACUUGUUGAAGAUGAAUGCUGUGCAUUCCAGUUCACUGCCUUGCUUUCUGCUUUUUGCUUUCCUCAGAAUUUGGUUUUUGCAUGUGUAAAGUCCUACUUCCUGUAAGUGAUGCAUCACCCAAAAUCUUAUAUGUUAAAGUAUCAGACACUCACUCCUGUAGACUGUAGAGCUGAUUAUGAUUUUCAUUAUCAAAUAAUCUCCCUAAGGAAAUCUAUUGGUUGUUUGGUUGGAAAGAAUGAGCAAAGAUAUUUAAUUUAUUAUGACAAAUAUUUUUGCUUUUAGCCACACUAGUAUCGUGGCUGAAAUAUCUCAACAAAUAUUGGAUUGAUUGAUUGUGAUAUUCUGCAAUGACUUCUGUGGUGGCCAGAGGAUGACUUUGUUGAUACCUGACUUUUCCUGUAGCGCCAUCCUGAGGUUGACAUUUGUUGUUGUUUAGUGAAAAAUCUCCACAACCCUGAGAUUGAUUUGGACAUUUGAGACAGACAUUCAUGUUCCCCUCACGAUGACUUGUAGGUCAGGUGUGAAUUUUAAUUUGUUAUACAAUUUCGUCAAAUAUCUGCAAAACCACUCAAAUUCCCAUGAGCCUCAGCUUGUGUUCAUUGCUAAUUAACAAAUGUUAGCACUCUAAAGUAACAUUGUGAACAUUAUACCUGCUUAGCAAUAGCAUGUUAGCGUUGUCAUUCCGCUCACAGAGAUGCUAGCAUGGUCUAGUCUUAAUAGAUUAAUCGACUGAUUGUUUAAGUUGUGGCACUGUGGAAUGUCGCCCUUCUUGAAACUCUGCCACAGGUGGUAUUUUAGUCAUGUUUUGGCCUCAUAGAUAGACAGAGGAGAAGUAGAUUAUGCUGUAAAAGUGGUAAGACAAUUUUCUUUUGUUCCUUUUUUCCACUGUAAAACGUAUUGCUGUUGGCCCAGAGCCAUUGUUCUCUGUGAACUACAAAACUACAGACUCCUUACAGCCCCCUCUCCCACCUCAAAGCAGUGUUUAAUACUCAAAAUAUAUUUAUUUGUUUAAAUUUUGCGUGAACCGCCACUUAAAAAGUUAGCUUUUAAAUAUUUAUUUGCCGAAAAUCUUUUGCCUCUAAUGGUCCAUGACAUGAUGCCGAGUUGCACUUUUUUUUUUUUGUCUGCACACUGAAGUCGGUGCAAAUGAAAGGAUAUUUAUAAAAAUGGCCUCACGCCUUCCUGCUCAUACUUAAUUCAUACAUGUUACAUACACCAGCUGAGUUCAGCAUAGUUCAUGUCAUUUCUCACAAAGAACAGUAAGAGAUCCACUAUUCUGUAUAUACAGCUGCAUGUUUAUACAGGCGAUCAUUUUUUGAAGAGGAAAGUGUAACCGGUCUCCAGCAUUUCUUGUCUAUUGGAGACUUACCUCAGUUUUACUCAGGAUGUACUCUUCACUUGCAUGACGAGGUUAAAAAUUAUGAGAUUGUAUGAAAUUAGACACCGACUGGGCCCUUGUUUUUAAAUAAGUGUGCUGUAAAUCAAUAUAUUGCAAUAAAAAAAAAUUACUUUAAAAUGUAAUGAUGAAAAUGGCCAGUAAUGUUCUGAUAAUUGCUUGCAUAUUCCUAAUUGUGAAUUGACUAUCACUGAACUGCAGCAAGAACCGUAAUCAGAUGCAUCAAAUCUGAACCUGCUUCUUUCGAAUGUGUCUUUUUCUAAGAACUGUUUGACUUUGUGUUGCUUCAGUGUUGAAUGUGUCUGUUGUGUCUCAUGUUUAAGCCAGUUAAGCCUUUUGUAUGUGUGUGUUGUGUAGGAGUGUAAAUAGAGGGGAUCGGGCCUUUACGUCUUAAUCUGUGUGCAGGGCAGAGUCUGGCUGUGGGUCUGGGAUCCUUCCUGACUUCCUGGAGCCUUUUUUUUUUUUUUUUUUAAAUCUGUUGAAGCUUCCUGCAACAUGCCUUGCUUUUCUCUCUGCUCACUUUUUUAUUUCUCACUGGACCAGCGCAUGUGUAUUUCUUAGUACAAUCAUGUACAAAGCAACAUGAGAUUAUUCCUUAAAAAGAAUCGGACUGAGUGGCAACUGCAGAAUCUUUUGCUUUUAUUUUCUGACUUGCUUAAAGAAAGGCGUUAGGCUGCAAUACAACGUGAACUGUGUGAUGUACAGUAGAUGGACUGUGGCUUUAAGCUGUGCUUCAUAAUCAACACGGUUUGUGGUAGAAACACUGAGAAUGAAAUUAAAAUGUCCAUAAGCAUCUCUAACAAUAGCAUUUAAAUGAGAUUAUUGAGAAAAGUAGGAAGAGAUGUUUGUAUAUUUUGUACGAUUUACAGAUGGUUGGCUAUUUGUUGUAAUUUUAAGGUGCACUCUGGUUUCAACUUCAGUCGCAUGUUGAGUAGUUUGAGUUUUGUAUAUUUAUUGUAUUAACUGAAUAAAUAAAUAAUUCUUCUUCUGUA